AUGAGUGACCUGCUUUAUAAAGACAUCUCUAUGGCCAUUGGGAUUCUUCUAAAUCUGUUACGGAUCCUAGAAGGUGGCGAAAACAAGCUCUAUGACUUUUGUGACGAACGCUUUGAUGCGACGGAAUUUAAGCGACUAACAGACUCUGUUUUAAGGAACCUAACCGCACAGGCAGAUGGCUCUUCGCCACACAAAUAUUCUGAAACGUUUUAUAUUACGUCCAAAACACUUCCAGCUGCCGCUCUCAGUGGCAUUAUCUACCAACACCCCAAGACGGCUAAGUUUAUCUGCAAAUCACACUAUAAAAUUGACAACCCAGAUGAGAUACGGCUACUGUACUCUUUCAAUUGCAACAUGCUCAGUAGAAAUUUAGCCUUGUUUCUUUCCCGGGACUUCCUCGGAGAAAUCAUUUGUGCGUAUUACAAUCUUGGCUCAUCUACCCCCGUCGAUGUCGAUGGCUAUCCAUCGAAGAAGUUCUUCGUAACCAAUGGAAUGCUGGCACUUGUUUAUGACCGUAUCAUUUACUGCAUGGUCAGAUGGACCAACUUCACUCAUUCUGCAGGAACUGCAUGUACCGUGGACAGCAUCCCCCAGGCCGAGCACGCCGCAGUCUAUGAAAUCGUCUCUCAAGCGCUGCAUCAUCUUCAGCGUGCGCACAGCAUUUCCCACUACUUAGCCAGGUAUCCAAUUCACUCUAGCACAGAAGUAAUAGACUAUUUGAAACUUAAGAAGGAGGAAUUAGAGUACUACGAGAAGACGCAUCCCCUUUGGGCCGACAAUUCAGAUAGUCUCAAUGUCGGUGCUUUCAACAUGCUCUCUGCACGGGUCAUAGACAGUCCAGAAGCCAUGCAAAAGUUCGGAAAGGUCAUCGGCAGAGCAGAGGAUGCUAUGCAGCGAAGACGUAAGUAG